AUGGCACGUCACAUUCACACACACCUGGACGAAGCAAACACCGCAGUUCCAUCAUCACCAUCUUCACUCGAAGCAUCUACUUCAGAUAAGGAAAAUCGGCAUCAGGGUAUUAACAAAAGAACUGCCGCGAUGCCACCGCCCCGUGCACAUGGUAAAAGACCGCGACUGGCUGAUCGCCCCUCAAAUACCCAGUCUGGCCGGUCUACUCAGUCUGCCCGAUCUGCCCGAUCUGCGCAGUCGCAAGCAUCAUCUCAACGAACCGGCAGCGACACACGAUACUAUGACCCUGAUCAGGAUCCCGAAGAACGGAGAAGUGUGCGGAGAGGACUUAGAGAUCUGGGUAGAGAACUAAACGACACCCGAGGCGAGCUCAUGCAACCUGGAAAUCAUGGCAUCCUCAACAUUGUCGAACAAGCCAAUCAAUUCUACGCCAAAGUGAAGCAAACUGCCGACGCUACGCUCGAUUCGCGCAUCCUCGUCAACACCGCCGACCUAACGCAAAAGAAAGCUACCCAGCUUGCUUUGGGCGACACGUCUGCCGGUAUCGAUGUAGACGAGUUUGUCUCCAAGUGUAUAUCGUUCAUGCGUCGCGGCCCAAACAAUGCGACGGCAACAAACGGGACACAAGCGCGCCGAGGGCGCGCUGGUCGAAGUCAAAGGGACCCCGAUGCCAGCGACGAAGAUGAUGGCGAUGCGAUGAAUUGGGAUACACUUGGCCGAUCGGCCUGCUUUCCUAGCAAUGCACGCCCGGCCGUGUCGGGGUGGUUGCUGGGGCCGCUGUCAGUACAGAAGCGUACGCGGCAAAUGACACAGCGAAGAGCGCAAGAUCGUAUUGACCCGUCGCAAGCCGUGGCACCCCGAGAAAUGGAACAGCGGGAUCUUGGCCAGCAGGAAAGCUCGAAUCUGACCCAGAUCUGUUCGGAGAUCAACAAGCUGCUUGCCAAUCGGCAGAAUAAAUGUCAGGAAGAUGCCGAGCGAGAGCUUAGUGUUCAAGAAAAUCUUACCCCAGAGAAGGCGCAAGAGAUCAUGGACAAGAACGGGGUGGCAGACGACGGGGGCAUCCCCUUGUUUAGCUUCUGUAUCAACCCGAAGUCUUUCGGGCAAAGCGUGGAAAACUUGUUCUACGUGAGUUUCCUCGUGCGAGAUGGCACAGUGGGUGUAGCAGUAGAUAGUCGUGACUUGCCGACCUUGCAUGCCGCUGCGCCAUUCGCCCCAAGUGAAGCCCAAAAGAAGGGCGUGCAAAAACAUCAGGCGGUUUUUAGCUUGGACCACGAAACAUGGCACGAAAUUAUCGAUGUCUUCAAUAUUGAGGAGUCCAUUAUCCCCCACCGCGAAGAGAAACAGCAAGAGACUGGCACGAGUUGGUAUGCCUAA